UAUAAGGUCUGUAUUCUUCCAUUGUGUAUAUGAUUGUAGUGAAGUUCACGUGCGGCUACGCCAGCGCCGGGAUCGAAGCCAGAGAUCCUUCCGAUAGCGCCCCCACCACCUCUUUCUUUUUCGUACUCGGGAUACAAGGGGCUCCUGCAGCGGCUGGAAUUGGAACGGCCCGACCCCACGACAGCGGUGCAUUGCUUCUCUUGGUUUUUUUUCGCAAGCAGAAUUACGCCUUUUCCCUUCCUGCGUUUGCAUCUCGAACUGCGUUUCGCUUUCGGUCUCGCAGAUAGAGCAUUCUUCAGCUUUAUUUUUCUGUAAACAUGGUGUCUGCCGCCCCAAUUCCCCAAGCAGCUCCCUGGGAGUCUGUCCCCGCCAAUGAGCAGCUGUUUGCUAUGAUUACCGGCGCAAACAGUGGCAUUGGUCUCGGUGUUUGCCAGCGCCUAGUAGACGAAUUUCUUGCGACGCGAUCCCUUACAGCUCACAUCUGCAUCAUCCCUACGACAAGAAGCGCUACGAAAUCCCUAGAGUGCGUCCGUACACUGCGUGAGUAUGUUGUGAAUGCAGCGCAAACCUCACAGGCCCUCCGUGCCCGAGCUGGCGGCGACAGCUACAAAUGGCAGGACACUGUUGCCCGUGUCCAUAUCCUCAGUCUUCCUCUCGACCUCUGCGACCUGCAAGAGAUAUACGCCAUUGCUGAUAAGAUCUGCUACGGCACCGUCAGCAACCCUGCCGGCUUGGAAGGGGAGUACCUGACCAACGUCCGAAUCCCCCGGUUGGACAGUGUGGUCUUCAACGCUGCCUAUGGCGGUUGGAGCGGCCUCAGCUACUUUGGAGCCAUCUGGUCGAUACUCAGCAAAGGAUUUAUGGAGACGAUUACAUACCCUACCUUCAAGACGGCAGAGCCUACAAGGAUUCUGAAUGAGGACGCGCGCUAUAACUAUCCCGACAAGCCCCUACUUGCGGAGGUCUUUACCGCCUGUGUAUUCGGCCACUAUGUUCUGACACACCAGCUUCUCCCUGUCCUUUCUCGAAGCCGCACAGAAACAGUUCCCCCAGGCAGAGUGAUUUGGACCAGCAGCGUGGAGGCACACGCGCCAACGUUCUCCAUCGGCGAUUUACAGUCUUUUACGAGCCCUACUGCAUAUGAAUCAUCGAAAAGACUGACAGAUAUACUCCUCCUUACCUACAGAAAGCCUGGUUCGACGCCUUACUCGUCCGCCUUUUUGACUAUGGGUGAAGAAUCUGAAAAGGCAGACGCUGACACGAUACCGCCGAACAUGUAUUUGACACACCCUGGUAUUGUUGCUAGCACGUUAUUCCCGCUCCCAUGGUUCAUUUUCUGGGCCUACGAACUAGCCCUUCUCAUUGGAAAAUGGAUGGGCUCGCCUUGGCACGUCACUGACGGCUACAAGGGUGGCAAGUCUGCAGCGUGGAUCAUUAUGCAGGAACAAGAUGCUCUUGAUAACGACGAUGCACAGGAUAUUAAAUGGGGCAGUGCGGUAAACUCCAAGGACGAGUCACUUGCAAAACCAACUGAAGUCGAAGGCUGGGGCUUUGACGGCACAGUGACCAAAGUCAAGAAUGAGCCGUCAAAGGGAGCAAUGUGUCAGACAGUUGGACGUCGAUAUACCGCAAAGGACGUCACGAGCGAAGAAUUGGUAGAAUUUGAGGCGCUAGGCGCGCAGUGCUGGCGUGAAAUGGAGAGCUUGCGUCUGCGCUGGGAAGAUAUUCUUGCCGAGGACAGCUCGUAACGAAGACGUCGAGAGAGGUGGAUCAUAAUAUAUAUAUACUUAACUAUACUAAUAACUAAAGAUAAGGCAUUUACAACCAUUGGUAUCCUGAAUCCCGCUAGAUGAUUUGUAAAAGGCAAAAAAGCAACAGUUGAUUCAUACUGUGCUGACGACAGUCGUUCCGUGAGUUCCCCUCUGGUCUGAUCGAAGUCGUCGCAGCACAAUCUUGUCCUGUCGGCCAAAGAGGCCCAGGAACAAAGGAACUGGAGUACAUAGCAUGGCAAAGACUGCUUGGAAGACAAGAGCCCACUUCAUGUUCUUCUCUGGUCCGUCUGCUGCGGCUGGAAGUGCGUCACACACAAUAACGAAGAUGGCACCAAAGAGUUGACCACCGGCCCAGCCCACUGUUGCAGUCACUUCUGGGCUAAGUGGAUGGCUAAGCUCUGUAAGAAGCUCCAGGGCAACUGGGACUAGAGCAAAAGCAGAGGCACCAAUGAUGGCAAGAAUCACAUAAGGCCCGGCGAUGUCUCGGGUUUCGGGCAUCCAGAUAAACACCAAGAAAGCAACUCCUAGUAUAGGCACAAAUAUCUUGAGCGCCAG